AUGGCAGGAUCUCUGCUCUGCAUUUCUGUUCUGCAUGUAUUGCUUGCGCAGGGCCUCCCACUGGACACCUUCACCACAGUGUCGCAAACGGCAGCAUACGGCCUUCCCCAACAGUACGCUCGCAAGAGCUCUAUUUGGGAUGCUAGUGCGAGGGGCACAAACUGCGCCCAUGGAACAUACACAGGUGGCUCAUGCUAUUUGCGCGACGAAGAUGAGCCUGCACCAUCGACCCUGUACCAACCUAAAACUCUAACGUCAGCGUCACCCUUGACGGCCGCUACAUCAUACGUCAACGGAACGCGAGGCGAAGACUGUACGACUGGCGUAGAUUCGAGACUCUACAGCACGUAUGCACCUGUUGAAACAUAUUUGAGUACCUUCCAGACAAGGCCAGGAAUUACUCGAACGGUCUAUCCACAGCAGAGCAGCGAAUCAGUGCCAUCCCAACCGCAGACAACGUCUUCCGAUAUUACUUCCAAGGGCCAAGGACAGUACACCUUCUCUGACAUCGAGACCACGUUCAGCAAUGAUCUCACAUCGACAACAUGGGACGCACUGCCCACGAGUCUCACUUCUCGAUCGGAUGUUAGCUAUGUGACAGUAACGUACACGGAUAGUCAGUACAACACAGCAGUUACGACUAUUACUGCUUCUCGAUCGCGCUCGUACGGACCGGCUACCAAUACAUGGACAGACUUGCCAACCUUUACUUCAGACGAUGGGACCCACACGUCCGACGCAUAUCCGCACCCUACAGGCUAUGGGGAUAAUCUUUCGCCUUCGUAUGAUCCUGCCCACAGCAAUACUGGGACAUGGUCAUUCAGCUUCACAAGUGUAGAUAUCAACCCGACUCAGACGAUGGAUCCCACGUCAGAAUCAACCACUCUUUACCCAACUUCAGACGGUCAUUCAACGAAUUCAUACUUUUAUGGUCAACCUCUACCUUCAAUGUCAUCUUUCUACGAUUAUAGUGGCAGCACAAGAGACCCAUACGCUUCACAAUCUCGAUUUCCGCAGUCCACCAGGACUCAGCAAAGUGUGUAUCCGGAUCCGGAAAGUUCGAACAGCUUCAGUCUGGGGCCUACCAUCACGCAAUCUGCUACGCCUGACACUACUGUCUCACGAUGGACUGUCUACCCAGAGCCCAGUUCUUCCUUCGCAAUCAUCAGGGAUCCAAUCAUCACAGCGUCUGAGUUUUCUUAUACAACAUGGUCGCCCCGAACGAUCUAUCCAGACCCAAGCGUCUGGUCCACAGCUUUCUCGGAGCCCAGUACCAGCCAGAUUGAUCUCCCAUGGUCAACGCAUACGAAAUACCCAGACGCUGAUGGAUCCAGUACUGCAGUUUUCGAUCCAACUCACAUAAGAUCCGAUUCCCUCCAACCUACGCAGUCACAGUACACUGUCUACCCAGAUUCUAGCAACUCAGCCACGUUCACUUGGGAUCCCACUCCCACACAGACUGAGUCAUCGUCGCAAUACACAGUCUAUCCGGCACCAAGCAGUUCAAACACAUUCAUCUGGGACCCCACCGUAACCCAAACGGAGACUUGGUCGCAAUACACAGCCUAUCCAGCGCCAACCAGCUCCAACACGUUCUAUCUUCACCCAACUAUUACUCAGAGCACUCCAUGGAUCUAUCCUACUGCAUACUGGCAGCCAAACUCAGAUCGAUCCGAUUUACCAAGGGCGACACCAGUAAGAGAUCCCAGUCAUCAGGACACGACAUUCGUGACUGUCACCAGAACAGCCUUUCCGACAAUGUCCUCGGGUUCCGAUUACGGGCUUCCAUCAUACCACCAUCACACAGGAGCUGGAUGGCCUUUCAGCUUUUGGCACAGGCUGAGUCGCUCGUUCAGCAGUGAACGUGGCCAUGACGGUGCAUCUUGGGGAAGAGAUCGUGACAACGGGCCUGCGGAUAAUUAG